GGAGCCACACCUUUGGCACAGCGUAGAAGCAAUGGCAGAGUUGCUGUCUCGAUCGGCCCGAGUGUCGCAAAUGAAAAAAACGACACUUUCUAGUGUGGUUUGACAAUUUCUUGUCAGCGGAAAAGGACUAUAGUGGAAGAAAUAUUCAUGAUGAUAAACAUUAUGCUAUAGCAGUGUACGAAGAGCAUGGGUCUUUGAAUAUCGCGUGCGCGUCAUACUGCCGUCAUCUGAGCGAGUGUAGGUUUUGGCGGGAAACCUUGAGAAUUGGUUUUGUUUACGUUCCUACGGGGAAGCAGAGAUGGUGUCAGAAACACAAAUUGUUGAAGAUUUUGACACUUUUGGUGUCACUUUGGAUGAUACGAAGCUUAUUGAAAAAUCAAAGGAGCAAACGACAGUUAACUCCUGACAAUAACAUUGUGAAACGACAUGUUGGACCAUCUAGAUCCAUUUCAGCACAGUUCUCACCAGCUUCCAUCUCCCAAAUUGUUUCUACUCCAUCACAAAAGUAUUCAUCUCGUAAUAAUGCUGGUAACAUUGUUUCCUCUUUUGGAGAAAUGAAGAAAGAAACUUGGAAAGCAGAUAUGAAGAAUAACCUUGUGAUGCGUGUGAUACCAAUGGGUGGAGAUGAAGUCUUAAGUCAGGUUUAUAAAUACAUGUUUGAGAAGGUUCGUGAUGCUGCUGAUGUGCUUGAUGAUGUAAUCACUUCACUUGCAGACCAAAUGAUUACCGAUCUUAAUACUGAAGAGUACUCCCAGCUUAGAUUGCCCAGCAAUGAAGCUGUGUGCGCUGCUGGUCGGAUAUGUUGUGAUAGUGUUGGCCGACUAAAUUUUGCAUCUGUAUUGUUAGAGGGAUCCCGUGAAAUAAGUAGUGGAAGUGCUGUUCCUCUGGAUCUCACACAUUUGUCUGAAUUUUCUCUCUUUCCUGGACAAAUAGUUGGUGUACGGGGUGUAAAUACUACUGGUAAUAAACUGGUAGUACAAGAACUUUUACCAGGAAAAGUUCUUCCACCUCCUGAUUCGCCAGCUAUCAUUAAGAAUGCUACAGGUGCAGUGCAAGUAGUAGUUGCCAGCGGCCCUUUCACAACCACUGAUAACUUGCUCUAUGAGCCUCUGACAGACCUUUUAUCAGUGUUGAAAGAAAAUCCUCCACACAUGCUAAUUCUUCUUGGACCUCUUUUGGAUGCUGCUCACCCUCUGGUAGUUGAAAAUCAGUUGGCAGAAACUCAUGAUGCUAUAGUGACACGCUGCCUUCGAAUUAUUACUUCAACCCUUGAAAA